CUCUGAAUCUCUGCCUGUCGGCCGAUCUGGGGAGAAACGGGGACGCGGUACGUCCCCUCGCACUUUUAUUUUUCACUCACUUCUUUUUUUCUACCCUUUUUUGCCUUCCCUCCAUUACGCCCCCCUUCUCCCCAGCCCGUUUCUCCUCCAUCGGGGCUCUUCGGCGGCCAUGCGGCCAGUCCCGGGCGAGCGGCUCUAACUCGUCUCCUCGCCCGGAUGGCCCCCCGGAGCCGCGGGCGCAUGGAGCCGAGCUACGUCGUGGGUAUCUGCUGCCUGGUGCUGCUGGAGCCGGGCCGGGUGUGGAGCGGCGAGCCCAGCACCGGGGGGCCCGGGGAGAGCGGGAACAGCAGUCAGGCUCCGCCGCCGGAGACCACGGUCCCCGCGCCCACCGGAGUAGCACCACCGGGAGGGGACCGCUGCCGCGGGUACUACGACGUGAUGGGGCAGUGGGACCCGCCGUUCAACUGCAACGCCGGCAUCUACCAGUACUGCUGCGGGACCUGCGGGUACCGCUUCUGCUGCCAGUUCAAGCCUGGGCGGCUGGACCAGAGCGGCUGCUCCAACUACGACACCCCCAACUGGGUCAACACGGGCCAGCCGCCUGCCCGCGUGGACGAGACCCCCGAGGACCCCACUCGUGACAAGACCAACAUGAUCGUCUACAUCAUCUGCGGUGUGGUGGCCAUCAUGGUGCUGGUGGGCAUCUUCACCAAGCUGGGCCUGGAGAAGGCACAGGGUCCCCAGACAGAGAUGACCGUCUCCAGGACACUGACAGAUCUGCUGAAGCAGCCAGGCCAUAGCCCCUCUGAGAACAUGGACAGCCUCAUGGGGGGUGUGCAGGUCCCGCUGAGUGAGGGGCUGGCUCGGGGCCCCCCCAGAAACAGCACAGACAAGCCACCCUUGAAUAACGCAGUGGCCAUUGCCCCCUCACUGGGGCGGCCCCACAGCCAUGGCAAGCGCCUGCCUCUGGCCAGCAGCCUGGCUCUGUCAGCCCCGGACUACACUUCCUACACCACCCUCAAGGUUGGAGAGAGCGCCACCGAGGACUUCUACAAGCGGUUCGGGGGGCUGGAGCCACCCCCCGCCAGUACACUGACCUUCCCAGCCGAGACCCCCGUGCUGGCCGAGGGCUGCCCCCUGCCCAAGGCCAAGGGCCCCAAGGUGCCAGGGGGUCUGGCCUUCCCGGGGGGCUGGGAGGGCGGCCCCCAUCGCGGCCCCCGCCGGCCGGGCCUGGCCCCCCUGCGCCCUGAGGGGCCACCCGAGGCCUUCGGCCCCUCCGCCUCGCUGUACGGGCAGCACUCUCGGCACCUGGCCACCAACAGCAAGACCGAGGUCACCGUCUGACGGCCAGUGCCAGCGGGGACUGGGGCUGCCCCUCACGAGGGAGCUGCGGCCAUCGGAGGCAGCCCACCGGAGGAGGAGAACACCACAGGACUUACACCGCGACGCUGGCCAGAGCGGGAGACGCGCCGUCCUUCCUGGCCCCAGGGAUGGGCACUGCCAGCUGCACUUCACCAUCGAGGAGGCACUGGGGACUCAGCCGGACAAGUUUCAGGCGUUCUCAGCUCACGUCCGGAAGAGGCUGAGCCAGGGACACACUGGCCAUACCCUGCUCAGGGGAUGGGGGCCAAUGCUGGACAGACUGGGAACAGAUCCUGCUGGGGCCAGGCACCCCCACCUGGCUCCUCUGGCGAGGUGCGGGGAAGACAAAUUGACUCAAAGCACCGCCUCUGCACAGCCUGAGCAGCCCCCUGCCCUCCCCAGCCUCCUCCCUGCCCCACUGCCCCAGCCUCCACCUUGUCAAUAAA